AUGACUGUGGGAGGACCUAAAAUACAUUUUCAGUCCGCCUUCUACAUCUCGAAACUGCAAGUUCCACAAGACACUGCGCAGCGGCGCAUGCUCUUAUACGCUUAUGAAUCCAAGAUGGCAGACCCGGGGACUGGUGGGUCCAGUACCUUUAUCACGCGAUCAGGUAGUAAACAUUCUACAACCCCAGCGGAUAAUUACUAUCUGGCUCGAAGAAGGACUCUCCAGGUAGUAGUUAGUUCAUUGUUGACAGAGGCUGGAUUUGAGAGUGCUGAGAAAGCUGCUGUAGAAACCAUGACAGAGAUGCUUCAGAGCUAUAUUUCCGAAAUAGGGAGGAGUGCCAAGUCUUUUUGUGAACAUACUGCAAGGACGCAGCCAACCCUUUCAGAUAUUGUGGUCACCUUAGUCGAAAUGGGCUUUAAUGUUGAGAUGCUCCCUGCGUAUGCUAAACGCUCCCAACGGAUGGUGAUCACUGCACCACCUGUAACAAAUCAGCCUGUGGCCCCAAAAGCCCUGACAGCCGGACAGAACAAGCCUCAUCCUUCUCAUAUCCCUGGCCAUUUCCCAGAGUUUCCAGAUCCUCAUACUUAUAUCAAAACACCAACAUAUCGGGAGCCUGUAUUGGAUUAUCAGAUCUUACGAGAAAAAGCUGCUUCACAGAGACGAGAUGUUGAAAGAGCUUUGACCCGCUUCAUGGCAAAAACUGGAGAGACACAAAGUCUUUUCAAAGAUGAUGUCAGCACUUUUCCUUUGAUAGCUGCCAGGCCUUUUAUAAUACCCUACCUGACAGCUCUGCUUCCUUCUGAAUUGGAGAUGCAGCAGAUGGAAGAGACUGAUUCGUCUGAACAAGAUGACCAGACAGACACAGAGAACCUCGCUCUACAGAUGAGCAUGGAUGACUCAGGAGCUGAGAAGGAGAAUGCAUCAGUACUUCAGCACAAUACCUCCCUUUCUGGCAGUCGAAAUGGAGACGAGAACUUGAUAGACAAUCCUUACCUCCGCCCAGUGAAGAAGCCCAAGAUUCGUAGGAAGAAGUGAACAAAUCGAUGGAGCAGAGUAAAGAAGGAACAGCUUCUCGUGAUUUCUGCAUAGUUAAGACAGGGCACUUCUGCACAGUUAAGAUAGGGCACUGGGAAGGCAGAAGAACCCUCCUGGUUAAGAGCCGUGGAAAUACUGGACUCCCCAGUUGCUAUUUUCUUCAUCUCCAACAAUUUGUGAUAAUUUAAGGUGAAAUCUGAAAGAAUGGCUUAGAAGCACUAAUGGCUACAUGGAUUGAAAUUUGUCUCUGCCUAAGAAUAGCAUACUGCUAGCUUCCAGUUGUUGCUGCAGCUCUUCAUCCUCAGGAGAAUCUUCUUUCCAAGAAUCGCAGAUGGAUCAGUAGGGGGCACUGCAGAGGUUUGUCCUCCCAUUUUGCCAAGUACAGAAUUCCAGAACUGGAAUUCCUUCUUGUUUUCUAGCUCUUUGGUUUCGAGUCAUCCCACAUUGUUGAAUACAAUUUUCCUGGGGUAAAAGUGGCCUCUGGUGCCAACUGGAUGUCUACUGUUGUGCCUUUAAAAACUGAGGCUGUUCAGAGCUACUCAGCUGACUAUUUUUCAAGAUCUAGAAACAUCUGAAAUGGAAGGUUUGGACUAAUCCUUUCUCUAGCAUGAGCUAUUGGGAGAGGAAAGAAGGUGAAAGUGUUGUCCAGGUGUAGACACAAGGUUGAUAGCACAUUUAUCAAUGGCAGAGUUUAAGAAUAAUUUCUGCAAGUGCAUUUAUAAUUCAACACAUUGACUGUAACUUUUCUGUCUGGCUUCAUAUGGCCCCCCCAGAGUAUUUUGUUUUGAUGCUUGAGUUUUUGUAAGUUUGUAUUUUCUGUAAUUUGUCAGUAGAAUUAUUUUAUAUCCAUCUCUUAUUUCCAAUACUUUUCUAUAAAGCAAGGUGCAUAUACAAAACUGAACUUUCAGGAAUCCCAUUUGCUAUCUCAUUUGUUAAAUCAGAAAUGUCCUUUUUUAAAAAUGGCUUUUAGAAAAUGCCUUUUCUAUAGGGAGCAAAAGAAGUAGUGGGUACAGGAGAUACGUUUUCCCUUCAUUCUAAAAUGGCAGCAACUGCAUUUCAUUGAAAAGUUUUUAAGUGUUGAUUUUCCAGCAACUGGUACUUGUGGUCCGGGAGUUUUGGGGGUUUCAGCUUUAGUCUUCACAUUUACAAAAGUAUACAGAAACAGCUCUGUUACUGGCUUUUACUGGCUGAUAAACCUUGUGGCCCAUCAAGGUUUUCUGCUAUUUCCCUGAUUGAAAUGUGAGAUGUAUACUUAAUUAAGGAAAAUAUCAUGACUUCUGUCAUAUUGCAGUGUUCUUCAAAGCAUGUUUUACCUCUGAAAUGAAGGGACCAUUCCUUAUUCUGUUUCCUCUUAGUGCUCUGAUUUUUCAGCACUGGGGUUGGUGGUGAUGUGGGGGCAUUGAUUAAAAUCUCAGUAAAGAAAUUUAGAUUUCUACUGACCAUGUGUGUGUUUGUAUCUGCUCUCAAAAAUAAAAUAAUAUUCUCUUAUACAUUUAAACUAUCAAGA